AAGUUUGAGAACCACUGUCAGUUCCUGUGGGAAAUGUUUAGCUACUUCCAGGAAGCAAUAUUUAAAUCCAUCUUUGAAGAGUAGAGAUUUGUUGACCUAAAUAAGUUUGAAAUGAGAAAUGGUCACACUAAUAGCUUGUGUCAUUUUUCCACCCCAAUUAGGCCUACAGAAAACUGGCCAAGGAAUAUCAUCCUGACAAGAAUCCAAAUGCGGGGGACAAAUUCAAAGAAAUAAGCUUUGCCUAUGAAGUUUUAUCAAAUCCAGAGAAACGCGAGUUAUAUGACCGAUAUGGAGAACAGGGGCUUCGAGAAGGUAGUGGCGGAAGUGGUGGAAUGGACGAUAUUUUCUCCCACAUUUUUGGUGGUGGAUUGUUCAAUUUCAUGGGUGGUCAGAGUAGAAGUCGCAAUGGCAGAAGAAGAGGAGAAGAUAUGAUGCAUCCACUUAAAGUAUCUUUAGAAGAUCUAUAUAAUGGAAAGACAACUAAACUACAACUUAGCAAGAAUGUCCUUUGUAGUGCAUGUAAUGGCCAGGGUGGAAAGUCUGGAGCUGUUCAGAAAUGUAGUGCUUGUCGGGGUAGAGGUGUACGUAUCAUGAUCAGACAACUGGCUCCUGGAAUGGUUCAGCAGAUGCAAUCUGUGUGCUCUGAUUGCAAUGGAGAAGGUGAAGUGAUUAAUGAAAAAGAUCGUUGUAAAAAGUGUGAAGGAAAGAAGGUGAUCAAAGAAGUAAAGAUACUUGAAGUUCAUGUAGAUAAAGGCAUGAAACAUGGACAGAGAAUUACAUUUAGUGGAGAAGCAGAUCAGGCCCCAGGUGUAGAGCCAGGAGACAUUGUCCUCCUGCUCCAAGAAAAGGAGAAUGAGGUGUUCCAGAGAGAUGGCAAUGACUUGCAUAUGACCCACAAGAUAGGACUUGUUGAAGCGCUGUGUGGAUUUCAGUUCACGUUUAAGCACCUUGAUGGACGUCAGAUUGUGGUAAAAUAUCCUCCUGGAAAAGUAAUUGAACCAGGGUGUGUUCGGGUAGUUAGAGGUGAAGGAAUGCCACAAUAUCGCAAUCCUUUUGAAAAAGGAGAUCUUUACAUAAAAUUUGAUGUGCAAUUUCCUGAAAAUAACUGGAUAAGCCCAGAAAAGCUUUCAGAACUUGAAGAUCUUCUACCAGCUAGACCAGAAUUUCCUAAUGUAAUUGGAGACACGGAAGAAGUAGAUCUUCAGGAAUUUGAUACCACUCGUGGGUCAGGUGGUGGCCAGAGACGUGAAGCAUACAAUGAUAGUUCUGAUGAAGAAAGCAGCCAUCAUGGACCUGGGGUACAGUGUGCCCACCAGUAAACGUUUGUCUAAAAAGUUGCACAAGGAUUUUCUUUCAAAUUUUGCCUGACUUGCUUUCAGCAAUCCAGACGGAUUGUAUAAGUAAUCCAGAUGAACCAAUGGACAUCUCUUGCUGUAUGUGUAACUUUUAAAUUGGUCUAUAGUCUCUACAGAGUGUAAUUUAAACUAACCACAACACUUACAUCUUCAUUUUGACUGGGUAGCAGAAUAAAGCACUUGAAAGGAAGACGAGACUCCUUUUCACAUGGGUUUUAAGUUUGUCCUUGUAUCUGUGCUUGAUUUUUACCAGUUUUGUGUAGAUUUUUAAGUUUCUUAUUUUAAAUUCAAAUUCACCAUUGUAAAGUUUGUGUACAAGUUGUCCUGAGGCUUGGUAUUUGGCUGCACCUGCAUAAGCUGCUACAAGUAGAAUAAAGAAUUUCAUAGCCUGUAUCUAUCAUUUAGAUGCAUGGUAAAUGGGCUUUGCACAUAAUGGGUUUAGAGCUGACUGGGAACAAUGGAAGACUAAAUUAGAAGUGGUUGUAAGUUUGUUUGGGUUUUUUUUUUUUUGGUUUUUUUUACCAUCUUGUGAACAGUUCUGAAACUAAAUAAAAACAGUUGGUGUAUAAU